AUGGCGAAGUUAAGUGUUCUUGCUGCCAUUUCACUGUGCAGUAUUGUCCUUGCAUCUUGUGAACGUGUUAAAUAUAGGGAUUGUGGUAAGUGAUCGGUUCGUUAUAGUUAGUUAUCCAGUGUUCGAUUUUAUGUAGAGCGAACUUUUUUUAUUUGCUACUACAAAUAAAAAUUGUGCUCUUUCAGGUCGGAUUCGACCGGAGUUUCGCUUUUCUUGCCAUUUUUGUUUUAGUAUGUCAAAAAGAAACCCGACCAAAGGGUAUUCAAUGGAAAAAACACUAUUGAUACUAGUAACUUAGAAUAGAGCUUGACACGGUUUUCGACCCCAUCUUGACGAGUAGGCGAACGCGUGAGAAAUUAUAAUAGUGUUUGUUUGUAUGAGAAUCCACUGUAGAAUAAUUUCCGUAAAACGGCUGUUCGGGAAAAAAUAUCAGGGGCACUCAAAGUCAAUUUUCGAAAAAUAUCUGUUCGGAAGACGAUUUGAGAUCUAGAAUGUUCGGAACAUUUGUUGUAAAAUUUCUUGCUUGACUGCCUCUCCUAGGAUUUUCGAACAUCUAAAAAGUGGUAUAAUUGCCCAUUUUUAACGGAUUUUUACCCUGAAAAGGUCACCUAGAAUUUUCGGGAACCCUUUUUCUGGCUGAAACUUUCGAAAAGGUAAGUUUUGAUCCCUAUAAUUUUCGGAUCACUAGACUUUCAGCUAGGAAAUCCGAACAGAUGAAAACUUUUUAGGGGAUAAAAAUAUGCCUAUAUCUACCGUUUAAAUACUAAAUACGUUCAACAAUGCUAUGUUUAAGUGGUUUUGAACUAUAUUCUCGUUGGGUGCCCCCUGAAAUAUGAACUGUAAACACAGCAAAGGAUUUUACCAACAAAUUUUGGGGGCCGUUACUGUUCUUAAAUCUCUCCAGAAGCUUUCUUUAGAUUUUCCAUAUACUUGUCGGGAAAUUUUUACAGACAAAUGUAUAGAAAAUUUUAAAGAAAGGUUAUAGGUCUUCUAGCGCAUGUAACGCCCUCAAUUUUUUCAGUAGAAUCCUUAAGAGCGACUCUCCAUAGGGACCGAGUGAGAUUGAAAAAAUGUGGCACAAGGUCGGACAAAUCGAUGCCUUGAUAUUUCGUCCAGAGAUAACCUAUGAUAUGCUAAGAAUCGUGAUAUAAGUUUCAGGUUCUAGAGUUUUUACAUUUUUGAGAAAAUUACGAAAAACCGUCGACAACCCGUGAAGCCGAAAAAUCACAGAAAUGAGGUCAAAUUUCAUGAUCAGAUAAUCGAACUCGCGUGAAGGCGCAUAGCAAAUUAUGGUUUUCCUUAGUUUAUAAUUUUAGUUAGCAGGUAUUGCUAAGCUGCUUUGAUGAUAUUUUAGACUUACAAUUCUAAUUUCGAAUUCCUGGAGACCAAGCGAAGAGAACCGAAAUUUCUAGACUUUGAAAAUCAAAAAUUCCAUACCGUUUUCAAACAUCUCAAAACAUACUCGGUAUUCUGUAGAACUCUUUCAAAAUUCAAUUCUAGCAAGAAAAAGAGUUAUUUUUGAACGUGAUACAAUUUUUUUCUUGGCAAAAGUUAUUUCUGAGGCGAGCGGCCCCAUGCAAGUUGACCCACAGGCAGCCCAAGCGCACUAUGUGUGGGUUCGGGCUUCAGAGGUCAUUUGGUCGGAAUAUACUAGAAUUAUUAGUGUAUUAUCUGAUGCUAAAUAAACGCAAAAAUCUUAAAGAUAUGAAGUCUUCUUGUUUGUCUAUCUGUACUAGUAACCUUUAAGAUAACGAAGGUCGAUAUUUCUUGCAUUAUUACAUGUGAUUCGGGCCCUUAAUGUUCGAAAAAAAAAAUAUCAUGAUCACGCGAAAUAUUUAUUCGAAAAGCUCCCUUACCUUUAGUUAAUAGCCACUCUUUGUCCUACGGCCGGUUUUUACGCCGUUUAGUCGACUUUUUUUCCAUCGAGUUCUUUUAUAGCGUUCAGUACUCGAUGGAAAGACCAAAUGACCAUCUGAAGCCCGAACCCACACAUAGUGCGCUUGGGCUGCCUGUGCUAUAUUUUAAACGGUCGCCUGUAACGCGACACCGGCGCAGCACCUAUGUUAUGUAAAUUAAUUUUUUUUUAAUUACUUCAAAAAUAAACCAUCGUAAGCAGACACUAUACAUAUGUACAAAAAACAUGACAAGUAAGGGUUUAAAACAGUGACAGGAAUGUAAAUAGAUGACAGACAUGGAAUGAUAUUACGUAACUAAUGGCUUAAAGUUAAGGCGCCACCAACACUUUUUCAAAUCCUUUCCCAAAAAAAUGCUCAGAUUGUGAAUCUCAAAAAUCUACCCAUCAGAGUGUGGAUUUUAUGGAUUCAUGAUCCGUUUUUGGAUUUGCCCUGCGAAAAAAACGCAAAAUCCGUUUUUGGUUUUUGAAAUCUGGAUUUGGAUUAUCCCCCAAAAAACGCACCCUCUAAGAUUUGAUCUGGGAGGGUUUUCAUCUCACAACGUCUAAACAUUUAGACCCAAGUCAAAUUUAGAAGGGAUUUGUAUG